AUGCAUUUUUCCAUACCCGAAACUGAGGUUCGUUCGGGGGAAAAUGGAUCUACCUAUGUGGCUUACAACAUCCACGUCAAUGGCGUUCUGCACUGUCGGGUUCGCUACAGUCAACUCCUCGGGCUUCACGAGCAGAUAAAAAAGGAAUACGGCAGCAACGUGGUGCCCUCCUUCCCCCCGAAGAAGAUCUUCACGCUGACCUUGGCUGAGGUGGAGCAAAGGCGGGAGUUGCUGGAGAAGUACAUGCAAGCGGUGCGCCAGGACCCGCUGCUCGGAGCUAGCGAGGUGUUCAACAGCUUCCUAAGAAAAGCACAGCAGGAAACUCAACAGAUUCCCACGGCGGAAGUUGCUUUAGAUAUCUGCCUAUCCAACGGUCAGAAGGUGACGGUCAACAUUCUCAGCUCCGAUCAGACAGAAGACGUUCUGGAUGUCGUCGCAACCAAACUGGAUCUCCCCGAAGACCUCGUGGCCUACUUUAGUCUCUUUCUCGUCCGUGAAGGAGAAGAGGGAGGUCUUACAUUUGUCCGGAAACUUCAAGAGUUUGAGCUGCCUUACGUGUCCAUCACCAGCCUACACAGCUCAGAAUAUCACAUCCUCUUACGGAAAAGCUACUGGGACAUGGUGUAUGAUGGUGACGUGAUGGACAACCGAGUUGGACUGAAUUUGCUUUACGCCCAGACGGUGUCCGACAUCGAGCGAGGUUGGAUGCUCGUCAACAAAGACCAACACCGGCAGCUCAAGUCCUUGCAGGAGAAAGGCUCUAAGAAAGAAUUCAUCCACUUGGGCCAGACGCUGAAGUAUUACGGCUACAUAAAGUUCGACCCGUGCGCCACCGACUUCCCCGAGAAGGGCUGCCAGGUGAUCGUCGGCGCCGGCAACAACGAGCUCAACUUUCACGUCAAGCUGCCCAAUGAGCAGAUGAAGGAGGGCAGCUUCAAGGUCACGCGCAUGCGCUGCUGGAGAGUCACGUCCUCGCAAGUCCCGAUAGCCAACGGCACCAGCAACCCGUGCGGGUCCAACAAAUGCGACGUCAAACUGGAGCUGGCCUUCGAGUACCUGAUGAGCAAGGACCGUCUGCGGUGGGUCACCAUCACUAGCCAGCAGGCUAUCAUGAUGAGUAUUUGUCUUCAGUCGAUGGUGGACGAGUUGAUGGUGAAGAAGUCGGGAGGCAGCAUUAAGAAGAUGUCAAAAAAACGACACAAUGGCUCCACGCAGCGGCCCGACUGUCAGCAAUCUGUGAAAUCCCCCCCUCUGCUGGACUCUCCUGACCAGAACCGCGAGCAAAUCAUCAAACUCUCGACCAAGCUGAGUUCCGUGUCCCUACGAGGGAUCAGCGCCUCCAACUCCUCCAACGACAUCAGCGGCGGCGAUUUCCACGGCAACUACGCUUUCGAGGGCAUCGGCGACGACGACCUGUAG